AUGGCCAACGGCUGGAGUGUCAUCAUUGGCCUAGUGAUAGUGGUCGCCAUGUCAAUAGCCGCAUGGUUCUUCUCACCCAAGGGCGAGAACCAGGUGCUCUGGCGCUCCUCAAUCAUUCUCUCCAUCGCAAGCUGCUACCUCAUGUGGGCCAUUACUUUCCUCUCCCAGCUGCACCCGCUCAUCGAGCCGAGACGGUCGGAUCUACGGAAGGAGUACAUCCACCACUAA